AUGCGCGCGGUCGGUGGGGGGAAGCGAGCGCGCCUCGAGAUCCAUCUGGCGAAUCUGGAGGAGGGGGGAAGAAGGAAUAUGUGCGGCGGGAAGGAGAGCAGCGGGGCGGGGAGGAGAGCAGCGGGGCGGGGAGGAGAGCAGCGGGGCGGGGAGGAGAGCAGCGGGGCGGGGAGGAGAGCAGCGGGGCGGGGAGGAGAGCAGCGGGGCGGGGAGGAGAGCAGCGGGGCGGGGAGGAGAGCAGCGGGGCGGGGAGGAGAGCAGCGGGGCGGGGAGGAGAGCAGCGGAGCGGGGAGGAGAGCAGCGGGGCGGGGAGGAGAGCAGCGGGGCGGGGAGGAGAGCAGCGGGGCGGGGAGGAGAGCAGCGGGGCGGGGAGGAGAGCAGCGAGGCGGGGAGGAGAGCAGCGGGGUGGGGAGGAGAGCAGCGAGGCGGGGAGGAGAGCAGCGGGGCGGGGAGGAGAGCAGCGGGGCGGGGAGGAGAGCAGUGGGGCGGGGAGGAGAGCAGCGGGGCGGGGAGGAGAGCAGCGGGGCGGGGAGGAGAGCAGCGGGGCGGGGAGGAGAGCAGCGGGGCGGGGAGGAGAGCAGCGGGGCGGGGAGGAGAGCAGCGGGGUGGGGACUGAAGAGCGGAGGGACGAACGAGGUGGCGAACAUAAGAGAGAGCCUUGGAGGACUCGAAGAGGGUGCGGGGGGAGCGGCGGCGACGUACCAUUCCGCUGCCCCGCGCAUCGAGUGCCACUGCCCCACUGCCCCGCACGUCGCACGCCACUGCCCUGCUGCCCCGCGCAUCGUGCUCGGCGUGCUGCCAUGCGUGCCGCAUGCGCUGCCUCGCGCCUCGCUCAACCUGCUGCCCCGUGCCCCGCGCGCCCUGCUGCCCUACACGCUCGCGCGCCCUCCUGCCCCGCGCGCCGCGCGCCCUGCUGCCUUGCGCCCCGUGCGUCCUACUCUAGGCGCCCUAAGCACCCUGCUGCCACGUGCCUGCCAACGCGCGCGGCUGCGCCGUGCCUGCUCGUUCACUGCCGCUACAGCUGCCACUGCGACUACCGCUACACCGGCUGCCACCGCUGCAGCUGCCUAUAUCGCUGCAGCCGCAGCAACCGCCACUGCUGCCCCUGCAAUUGCCGCUACAGCUUCCUCCGCCGCAGUCGCUACUGCCACCCUUGCGCCGCCGCUGCUGACUGCCAUUGCCUGUCAUGGCCACUAUCACUGUCCUAGAGGUUGA